UUCAGCACAGUGUUGCACAACAAAAUUGCAAAUCUAUGCUGCUCACAAAUCAAAAACACUAAAUAAAUGCAUUAAUAAUAGGGGUGGCACAUGGGCGCAGUGGUUAGCACCCUUGCUUCAAUGAAAAACAUUCUAGGUUUGAAUCCACUGCUGUGUUUUUUUGUGUUGACUUUGCAUGGUUGCCCAUGUGCCUUUGUGGGUUCUCUCUGGCCUCCUAAACAGUCCAAAUACAUGCUUGUUGAUGAACUGGAGGUUCUAAAUUGGACAUAUGUGUGAAUGUGAGUGGUUGCCUGACUCUGUGUGUUAGCUAGGGAGACAAUUGCUGGCCUGUUGCCCUGUGACAGCUGGGAUAGGCUCCAGCCCCCCAUGUAAACCUGAAUUGGAUGGUUUGGAAAUUGAUGGAUGAAUUAAUAAUCAAGUCUCAAACGGUAUCAGUGAGGUCACAAAUCAAGCAAAAGCAUUUCUAAGACUGCUGAUAUGAGACAUUUUUACACACCAUCAUCUUACUGUAAUGCCUAGCCUCAUGUGCAACAGGCUUUGCUGACCAACAACUUAGAAACAGGAAACCCUCUUAAACUUAGCGCUGCAUUUCCUUUCCUCCCCAGCAAUAUACACACCAUGUUUGCAGUAAACUGGAUGAUGACUUGACUAGAAAUGUGAACACACACACGCACGCACACAUGCGGAUAAACACACAUCACACAUACAGACAUGACUCGAUUUAUCGGAGCGAGAUGCAGGAAUCUAGACUUUGUCUCAUAUUUUGCUGCACUAGAUGUAAUUAAAAUUAGAAUCUGAUUGUUUUGUUCAGCCGUACGGCUCGGGCUUUUAUCUCCUUUUCACGUUGAUUCAUGUUGUUUAUGUAGUAGAAGUGUUUAAGGAGCAUUUUGAGUCACAGAAUGUCUCAUAUUAUCUCACGUUUCUACUCUGCGCUUCCCGAGGAGCUGGCAUGAGCGUUUAGCAGACAUUACGCUCUGACAACCAGUUCUAGCUAUUGUGAGUCAACAGAUCUGUGAGGUAUCUCAAGGACACAGAGAAGUGACAAACUUCAGAGAUAGGAAACAGUGAAAGUAGUUUCUCUCCAAAGUGGUUGUGGUCCAUUUAUUCUCCAGAAGGGGGCAGCAAACAUACAAAAAAAAAAAGUUUCUCUGAACAAGCUGCACCUCUGGCAAGGCCACAGAGACUCUGGCUGUGGUUUAUUUCUGUUCACUGAAUUGAUUCAUCACAGUUAAAUUUGUACAUUUAAUGAGAAAGUCUCACAUAAAACACCUUUUUAAAAGAUAAAUGCUCCAAAUGCAUCCUCAGCAUACUUGCUUUCGUUUUUGCCCUUAAUGUUCAUAUUAUUUAACCAAGAAAAAAAGAACAUUUGACAAUAAUAACAAACUCACACAGUCUCUGUAACCAUAACAGCCAAUCUUCAGAGUCAAAAUCACUUGAAAUGACAAAUGAAAUCUGCAGUGUGUUUCAUAACAGCAGUGUUUCACUGAUUUUGGAUGUAUUGUUUCUGGAGUGAAGGGAACAUUAAUUGUCUCUGGUAGAAGGAGGAAGCCAAACAGAUCCUCAUUAGGGAAUACUUUAUCUUUCCCCGACAAAGACGUAUGUCCAUGUCUGUGGUGCUCACGAGCUCCCUCCCAUUUCUGAGAAAACUCACUUUGUACUCGGAACCACAAGCUCUGUUUUUCCUUUCUUAGAAGCACGCAGUAUAUCAUGUCCAAAGCGAUGAAUGUUGUAUUGAGACUAUUAUUAAUUUUUCUUUAUACUGCAGUGUCAAAUUAAUAUCUACCACUCACUGGCAACUCAAUAGGAAUACAAAAGGUUUUUGAUUUAGAAUCUGAUUGAAUCCAAGCCUCGGUUCCUAACUUUUUUUCUUGCCUAUCUUAGUAUGUAAGAUUUUAUCUGCCCUCCAUCUCCCUUUCUCUCUCUAUCAGUCUUUUCUCUCUCUCUCUUGCAGAUACUUUAGAAAAAUGCAAAUGACUGACGCGGGUAUCAGCACUUCACAUUCACAUUCCUUCAUCCAUUUUAUCCAAAUCUUACAUAAAAGGGACAGACAAUAGCAGGCAAAAGAAAAUCUCUCUCCUUCUUUCGCUCGGUCUCUCCUCUUUCCUCGUGUUGCGGUCUCUACAGAUUCAGUUUGGUGAGAGAAUGUCAAACCAAGUCCUAGAAAAAGCCUCUAAAUGUUUCAUGCUCUUUCAUCACGGGGAUGCUGCUAAAGACACGCGUGUUUUUCCUAACACAGAAUGCAUCCGUGCUGUGCUGUGCUGUGUGUGUUCUCCUUAGCUAUGCAACAAAAGGAAUGAAACCAGAGGCACAUAAACGUGAUGUCCAUCAUGCCUGCAGGUUAUUCUGGCUGGUGCGUUUUACAUUGAUUUACCUUUACUACUACAGUGGUCCUCGUCCUCUUAAUUGUGCUGAAGACAGCUGCAGAGAAGCAAUCAAUUGGUUUGCAAUUGUUCCUAGUCAGAUGGAAACACAUGCAGAAUAGGCCUACAGGGUGCUCUCACGAUGCUUUCACACGAACUGAGGGGGCAAGAUGUGUUUGAAGGCAGUUCAAAGCUUUAGUCUCACAGUGUUAUUUGUUGAUUGUUGUCAUUUUUGUUCAUUGGGGCUGUACUUUCAUUUCCAUCACAUGAAUCCAUCUGUUGUGUCACUGUGUGGAUCUUCAGUUUUGCCUGCAUGUGUGUGUUUCCUGCUCAUACUCUGUGUGUCCGACCCUGUUGCGGUUGAUCCUUUAAGCCAGACUUAACAUGCUCUUUGCGUGGCCACUGUUUUCUUUACAAAAUAAAAUGUGUGCUCCUAUCUCUUUGAUAGGCCUAUAAGCUGUGAGGGCAAGAAUGCCGUGUAGUAUAAGCCAAAGCUGAUUAAGAAUCAACUCUGUAUGCAGUUUGCAGUUUCAUGCAGCCUACUCACAUUUUCAAACUGCUUUGCAACUUCGGAUUUGAAGUGUAAUUAAAAGAGACAAUUGUGAGAUGAGUCGCCCCAGUUUGAACGCGCACAUAAUCCAAAAGGACUCACGUGCACGCGCACCCAUUUUUCAAAGGGAAGAAGAAGAAAAAACACCCAGCCCUUCCCCUUUUUUAAGUUUACAUUUUGCAAUACAAAUUCCAAUAUUCGCAAAUUUUCGAGAUUGGGAUCAUUCAUUUGUCCUGUGCAACUCCUGGGAAUUACUAAUACUAACCUCAAUCACGUAUGAUUGCGUUAAAAGAGUUGGAGAGGGAGACAAGGGGUGAGAGAGACAGAGAGGGAGAGCGAGAGAGAGAGAGAGAGGGAGGUAGGGCGGGAGGGAGAGAGAGAGAAGCUGUGGACCGCCACCAUUCACUCGCACAUACACACACAGUAUUCAUUCGGGACUCGCUGGAAAUAAUGCUUAGGUCACUUUAUUAUUCGUGCGCUACAAUGAAAAGCACUCCGGCGUGUGUUCGCCUCAACUAAUUGUUGCUUUUCAGACGGGAAUCACUCCCUGCAGGCUUAAAUUACAUCUCUGCAGCAUCCUUGCAGAGUAGCCUCUGCUCGCCGAUUCCAUUUUUUUCCCCGACUGCAUUUAAGCGGUGCCAUCGACGGAACCGGAGACUGGUUCACAAUCACGGGCUCCUGCACCGCAUCCUGGACCGGCAGCGGACGAUCUCUUUGAGCAUGGAGUAAAAAGAUCAUUACGGGAAGAAAAAGUUAGUAGUCGUUCUCCACGCACGAGCAGUGCCCCUGGGUUCGGGUUUAAUGCUUAUCGAAAGGCGUCAGGAACCCAGAGGGUAGGCUGGUGUGCAGAUGAGGAAAACGAUGUCGUGCUCGUCAGCCGCGGCGCUGUUCACCUGGAAUACCUGAAGCGCUCUCUCCUAUGGCACGCAGCAGCAUCAACUUAGAACACUGUUGCAUGUUUUCAUGUUUGAUAUCUGGGCCCCAGUGGCCUAACCCUUAGAUAUUUUAUAUAAGAUCGGUUGCUGCUGAUUGAAAAGCCCGAGUGUUGAAGCAAAACUCGCAGCAGCUGAUCAUAUUUAUAUAUAUAUAUCUAAAUAUACUCUACUGUCCCCACAAGAGGAUGCUGCCCGAAGCGCAAUGAUGCCCUGGACUCGAAGGAUUUUCGUGAUCAGUAUGACAUUUAGUUAAAAAAAAACAACAACAACUAAAAAACCAAACUCGUGGACCUAAGGACAGAUUCGACGUUCUUAUUUUUAUUUCCGCCACACGCCAAUUACCUACAGUGAGAUCCGACAUCUGCCGAAGUAGACUUUCCGUUUUCAGACUCGGUUCGGGGAGAUGGCCGCGAUCGCCAGCUCCCUGAUCCGGCAGAAACGCCAGGCGAGGGAAUCCAACAGCGACCGGGUCUCGACUUCGAAACGUCGCCCCAGCCCCAGCAAAGACCCCCGCUCUCUCUGCGAGAGGCAUUUCUUGGGGGUCUUCAGCAAAGUCCGUUUCUGCAGCGGCAAGAAAAGACCCGUUCGGCGGCGACCAGAUGCACCCUCGAAACCUCCACAGGUGUCCCAUAAGGGCUGCAGGCUAGAGCCACAGCUGAAAGGCAUCGUGACACGACUGUUCAGCCAGCAGGGCUUCUACCUGCAGAUGCAGCCGGAUGGAACCAUCGACGGCAGCAAGGACGAGAACAGCGACAACACCCUGUUUAAUCUUAUUCCUGUGGGUCUGAGAGUGGUGGCCAUCCAGGGGGUGAAGAGUGGCUUUUACAUUGCCAUGAAUGGCGAGGGCAUGCUCUACAGCUCGGAGGUGUUCACCCCAGAGUGUAAGUUCAAGGAGUCAGUUUUUGAGAACUACUAUGUGAUCUACUCGUCCACUGUGUACCGACAGCAGGAGUCAGGUCGGGCCUGGUUCCUUGGUCUCACCAAGGAGGGACAAGUAAUGAAGGGCAACCGGGUCAAGAAGACUAAGCCCUCAUCGCACUUUGUUCCCAGGCCAAUUGAAGUUUGUAUGUACAGGGAGCCAUCACUGCAUGAGAUAGAGGACAAGCACCGCUCCAGGAAGAGCUCAGGGACUCCCACCAUGAAUGGAGGGAAAGCUGUCAAUCAGGACUCCACAUAGCAUCUGAGGGAGGGGCUUCAAGCAGGGGGGAGAGGCCUCGUCCUGAAUGAAGGAAAGGGGCCAAAGGAAACUUCACCCGUCCCUCCCAAUGUACGCACCACCAUGGCCCGUGACAAACAGAGGGGUUUAUGAUGACAACGAGGAGCUAUUACUGUACACCCAAGACAACGAAAACAAAAACUGAAGUCUUGCCUGUGAAAACCUUUCAGAUGAAUUAAUAUGAAAAAGAGUACAUAUAUAUAUGUAUGUGUAUAUAUAUAUAUAUAUAUAUGUAUAUGGAGAAGUCAUUUUCAAUCAGGACUUGACCAACAUUUUAUGCAAAAAAGUAUAAAAAAGCUGUGAUAAACAAAGGAAUGGUGGUCUCCCUUCAAGUAAAUACAAGUAUCUGUCAUUUUCGAUUUAUGCUGUGAAAAACAAGCUUUAAUACAUGUUCACUUUUCAUACAUUGAUUUUUUUUUCUAAAUGCUAUUCCAUUCUCAUAUGCUUUAUUGUGUUGUUGUCAAUAAUAACUAUACCAUCUUCAUUAUAAUCAUCAUUACUAAUCUGUUGCUCGAUCAUCUCAUUUACUAGCUUUUUGUUUUUGAGACAAAAUAAUUUUUUUAUUACCCUUAUGUGGUUUUUUUUCUCUCACAGUUUGAUCUUGAAUGCACUGUCACACCACUUGCACUGGUGUGAGGGUAAGACUAAAUAUAUUGAUAGUUCUCUUUGCUGGACUUCAAUGGAAACAGAGUGCUUAGGGUGGGAUGUAAUUUACUCAGGUGUGUAUUGUAAGUUAGACUAAUGUGACUAAUAGGACACAAACUCCCAUAUGUUGCCCUGCUGUGGCAGGACGGGACCGAUACAAGCAAUAUAACAGAGUGCAGUCUAGUAUGUCUCAAAAUAAAAAAACAAAAACAAUAAAGCACUGACAACACAUCUCCAUAGUUGGUGCGUUUGUCAGUAGAAAAGACAAAGAAAGUUGUUUGAGGCAUUAAAAGUUGGAAACGAGUGAAAACCAGUUUUGAUACAGUUUCUGUAUUAUCUCAUCACUUAAAAUGAGCAUUAGGUUAUAAACAAAGAGAUGUCCAAACUUGUCAAAAAUGACAAAGAAUAAUAUUCUCUCCAAAAGCUGAGAGGAUGGUAAUGACCAGCAUCAGCACUACGAGCCAUGGCCAAAAACGGUCACUUCGCAUUUGCACCUCGAGAACCACAGACCCCUUUUUCUGCUGUUAGCUAUAACAACAACUCAAAAUAUAACUAUGUAACAGUAGUCGUGCUUUUGAACUAUAUGGACUAAACAUGAAAUAACCUUUGAUUAAAGACUUCUGCAGUUUUUCUACGCAGAAAGAAAAGAAGUGGCAUUUUUUUUGGCGAGCCUGGCCGCGAAGGGUCGUGUUGACUAAUUUCCAGAAAGUUCUACUAUUUCUAUUAUUCUGUUGUGAAAUGACCAGAGACUUUUUCAACACUGGUGGACAGGGUGCCUGACUGUUUAAUAAAUCACUGACCUAACAUGUUGAAAAUUUGUUCAAAAAAUGUAAGGUCACAAUCAUUCAAACUUUGCCAUCACAAUGGAAGCUAAAUGUUUCAUUGAGGAACCAGUACAUCUGGAUUUGGCCAGAUUCGAGGAGGAUGUCUUACCGUCUCAGUGGGAUUUUCUGAAAUGGUAACGCACGCCGUCUCUAUUCCCACUGGUUUUGUGACCAAUGAAAUGAGCCACUUGCUGCAUUGUGGAGGAAAGUCUCUCUCUUUCAUAAAUCAACAGAUUGACAGGGCUGUAUAAACGAGUUGAGUUGACUGGGACACCACAUACGCUGUGUACGCUGCUGAGCUUAUUCCUAAUCCCCAAUUAGUUUGUCUAACUCAGGAAGUCCUACAGUUGUGCAGUGAAUGGGCCAGACGUAGAGGCUGGAUGUCCACUGUCCAGCACUAGUUGCACAAAGACUGGCACCAAUGUGGUGUUUGGAUUGGGGUUAAUAGUGUUAUUUCUUUUUUACUAUUAUUAAAGAUGACGUACAGCUAAGCCUAGCCAAGUUAGGAAAGCUGAAAAGGGGAAACGGUUGAGACCAAGCAUGACCAUCGCAUGACUGUAGAAGUUGAUGAAAGUUUGGUUUAAGUUUGAGGUGGGAUCCAAGAAGAAUGUCUUUAGAUUUUUGGGAGCAUAUGUCCAAAAUGUUUUAUGCAAUAUUUUGAUCAGUAUUUUAGCGAGAGCUCAUACAUCUCUCCUACAUCUGGUUAGAAACCGGUUGCUAAUUUGGUGAUAUGUACAGUAAAUAGCACACAUUCAGCUGCACGCAGCAAACUGCAGUGGCAUAGGCAUCAUUGUGGAUCUGGGAAAGUCUUCCAUCUUGGACCUGGGUCCGCAGCUGAUGCAAAUUACCUGUAAGAGCUAACAGUAGAUUAGUUCAACUUCCACAGUACCUACUGAAUAACAGUGAUACAUACAGUAUAUUAGACAUGACACUGAAAGUCAGCAGGCAAGACCAGCAUACAAGUAUCUUUAUACAGAGGUUUAUACUGGUGCAUAUGACACAUGUGUGGACUUAAAGCAAUGCAUGAAGUUAAGUGUACUGAAUGUCAACUGUUGACAGAUGAAUGAAAGGAUCUGAGAAAGGAAUGAAUACGUGGAGUCAAAAAUAGCUAAUGUGAGAAAGCAGUAAAGCAAAGCACUUUUUUGUGGGUUUCUUGAUGUGUGAAAGGGGUUAAUAAAGGCUUUGAUUGUAUGAGAUAACUAUUAUUUUAAUAUUUUUAUGUUUGCAGAUGAUUUCACUGCAUUGGAACAUGCUCAUAUAUGCAUUAUGAAUUGUGAGAUGACAAAAAAUAUGCAUUGAUUAUAUAAAAAAAACAGAAUGAAGUUAGUGAUUGUUUAAGAAUAAAGACUAUGUUAUCAAAAUC